AUGGCAGAUGUAGAGGACUUAGUUUCAUCCGAAAAGAAAUCUAACACUAAAAGAAAAGCAAACGUGUGGUGUUCAACAGUUAACUGUUCGAAGAGUGAUAGUAUCGCACUAUCACAUAUGUUGCUGGCUAUCUGCUCCAUAAGUGUUCACAAAGACACAGUUGCUCAACCUGCAAAGAAGCCAUGGCCAGAAAUGGAGGACAUCAAGCGGUCGGGCGUGCGGGCUCAUGUUUUCUUGAUAAUUCAAUGCACUAUACAGAUCAGUGGUUCAGUUUUGGCAAAAUGGCUGUUUAUUUUUACUAGUAUAGCUCAGUGA